AUGGGUAGAAAAAAUACCAAUCCUGUUGGCCGUUUAUUUUUCACUUUCAAUAAUGAAACAAAUGAGUCCAAAUGUACUGUUGGAGGAUGUAUAAAACCUAUUUUAAAAGGUCGCCAUAGCAAUAAUCUAGAAACCCAUAUUCGUAGUUACCAUCAUAACGAAUAUAUUAAUUUACAAACAGUAAAAAAUGAUGAUGGUCAAAAUAAGCGUCAACAUAAUAGUGAUACCGAUUUAUUUCCAUCAAAAAAAUGUGGUCCGUUGGAUUCUAUGAUAAAUGUUUCAAAGAAAAAAUUAUAUGUAAAUAUUGAUAAAUUUAAAGUACUAGAAGCCUGUACCGAAAUGGUAACAGUCAAUGGACGUCCUCUAACUAUAUUUCACGAUUCAGGAUUCAAAAAAAUUUUGGAUCCCCUCACAGCAGCAAUUGGUGAAGGAUUUACAAUCAAUUCACACAACAUUAAGAAAAAUAUUUUUUUGGCCUCAAAUACAAUCAUCAAAGAAAUAACUAAUGAUGUCAACAAUAAAUUAAUUAGUCUGAAAAUUGAUUGUGUUAAACGCCACAACCGUUCUAUAAUGGGAGUGAAUAUCCAGUAUGUAAAAAAUGGUAGAGUUUGUUUGGCAACUUUAGCGAUGAAAGAAGUUCAUGAACAACACACUGCCGAUAAUUUUAAAAAAAUGCUUCUUGAAGUGUUACAAAAGUAUGAUAUGGUUAAACAACAAAUUUAUAGUAUCACUUGUGAUAAUGCAUCAAAUAUGGUGAAGUUAGCGAGAAUAAUGAAUGAUGAAUGUGAAGAAAUAAAUGUGAUAGUACCCAAUUUAAAUGAAAAUGAUUCUGAUUCUGAUAUUGACUUGGAAUAUGAAAAU